AUGUCACGAGAAGAGCUCGGCUGCCGCGCCGGUGCUGUUCCGCGACCGAUACCCACUGCCCUCAUCGCGGAGACCCUGCAGAAUCUGGCCAAGGCUAAGUGGUUCACCAAGUUGGACGUGGUGGCCGCUUUCCAUAAGAUCCGCAUGGCUCCGGGACAUGAGGGAAAGACUGCAUUUCGCACGAGGUUUGGGCUCUACGAGUGGCUCGUGUGCCCUUUCGGCCUGAGCGGCGCCCCGGCAUCAUUCCAACGAUACAUGAACAGUGUAUUGCGCGAAUGGCUGGACGACUUUGUCACAGCGUACCUGGAUGAUGUACUGAUCUACUCGAGCGGUUCGAAGGCGGAUCAUGAGGCUAAGGUGCGACGAGUUCUCCAAGCACUCGCCGACGCUGGGCUGCACCUAGACCCAGCGAAGUGCGAGAAAGGAAUCGCCUGCGACCCCGAAAAGCAGCGCGCCAUCCGCGAAUGGGAGGCCCCGACCACGGUGAAGGGUGUCAGAAGCUUUCUGGGCUUCGCCAACUAUUACCGGAUCUUCAUCCCCGACUAUGCCAAGAUCACGCAGUCUCUGGAUGCCCUGCUUAAGAAAGGAACUGCCUUUCAUUGGGGACGAGCGGAGAACGAGGCGUUUCAGGAGCUGAAGCGACGAUUUUGCGAGUCACCGGUGCUCAAGCAGUGGGACCCGAGCCUCCCGACCUUUUUGGAGACGGAUUGCUCAGGCUACGCAUUGGGAGGCGUCCUGUCGCAGGAAGGCCCAGAUGGACGUCGACACGCAUGCGCCUUCUUCUCGAAGCGACUUUCGCCAGCGGAGUACAACUAUCCCAUUCACGACAAGGAGAUGCUUGCCAUCAUGAGAUGUCUCGACAACUGGAACGCCGAACUUAGGAGCUGCGGCCCAUUUACAAUCCUUACCGAUCACCGCAACCUGGAGUAUUUCAUGACACGCCAGAAGCUCACGGAACGGCAGAGCCGUUGGGCAGCCGAAUUGUCCCAGUUCGACUUCAAGCUCGAGUAUCGACCGGGAAGCGAGGCUGUCGUGCCUGAUGCGUUGUCCCGCCGUGAACAAGACAAGCCACAGGGCAUCGACGACGAGCGGGAACAAGGAAGAAUGAUACAGUUGAUACCGGAUAGUGCCAUUCCAUCAUCGACAAGAGCAUGUAUCAACGCGAUGAGUUCUGACUGUUCAGAGGCAUCCACCCUGCCGAAGAUGAAGGUCUUCGAGGUAGCGGACCUGCAGCAACUCUGGGACGAAACGGUGGCGAAGGACUCGAUAUUCCGGGCAGCCUAUAAGGCAGUCCGCGAUCGCGAGCGUGCCUUCCCGCCCUCGCUGGGCCUGAAGAUCCAGAUUUCAGAAUGUGCGAUCGACGCAGGCAAAGGCUGA